AUGUAUGGAAUUGAUCAAUUCCAGCGCCUCAAUAUUCAAUUGAGCCCAACAUCUGGACCUCGAGCCCUCAAAGCUGCUUAUGAAAGUUUAAAAGAAGGAGGAGCUCUCCAGGGCGAGAUUUCCCGAGGGGGCGAGGACGUAUGGCUUGGCUCCGAAUGGCCCGCCUCUUCAGCCGCAUUCAUGUCCCAGCUGGCCUCCUUCAACAAGCCAGGAAUCAUGUCUGAAGAGGAAGAGAUGACAACGGAUUGGCUUGAUUCUGAGUUCAUAGCGGAGUGCCUUUGUUGGCAUAACGUCUACAGGCAGAGGCACGGUGUUCCUGUGCUCUCGCUUUGUUCACAGCUCUGUGAAAGGGCUCAGUCAUGGGCUAAUCAUCUUGCACACACAAACUCAUUCUUCUACAAAAGUGACAAAGAUGUUGGUCAAAAUCUGUUCUGUCGCCUCACUAACACCCUUCAAACUGAUGUUACUGGACAAGAAGUAGCAUCUUAUUGGUACAGUGCUGUGCGGCAAUAUAAUUAUUUUAAAGAACCUGAUGUACUACAUGCUAAUGUAAAUGCAGGGCAUUUCACACAAAUGGUCUGGGCCAGCACGCAAAGAUUUGGCGUUGGUAAGGCGUGUUCUCGAUCAGGAAAAAUCCUUGUGGUUGCAUACUAUUGGCCUCCAGGAAAUAUUUCAGGACAAUUUCAAGAAAAUGUUCUUCCACCCAUCCCUGAGUGUGAAACGGACUCAGUAUCUGGAAGUGAUUCGAGUACAUCUCGAAGUGCUGAUGUAAGCUAGGAAAAAUAAGUUGAUUUGUAAACUAGGGCUGCAUUGGGUAAAUUUCAUUAUUUAUAUAGUAAAAAGGAUACAAUCAAAUUAACAUUGAUUUAGAUUGAUCAUAAAUCUAGUUAAUUAUAAUUCGUAAUUUUUUUAGAUAAAUUUAGAACUAAAUUACUCAACAGGUUCCAAUAAAUACAAUCAUUUAAUCCAAUUUUAGAAUCCUCCAAAUCUAUUCUGUUUUUGUUUUCAUUGUUAUAGGAUAAAUAAAUAGAAGUAUCAAAAUCUGCUCCAUAUUUGACAAUCAAAUGAUUUAUGUAGCAUUGUUUCUAACACAUCAUUUAAUUAUCUUAUUAUGGAUAGUUUCUGACAAUCAUUGGCACUUGUAUGCAAUCAUAUAUAAGGGUCAGAAAAAUUAAAAGAAAUAUUUUAUCCCUAGCAGCUCUAGCAUGCAUUCAAUUUAUUUGGUGUUUAGUGCCUCAUAAAAAGUGAUAAAAUGGAAAACUGAAAGAGUUUUUACUUGAGUAGCUUUAGUUAUAUAAUUUUGUAUUCAUGCCAAAAACAUUUUUUAUAUUAGAAAUGUUAUAACAUUAGAUAAAUUAAUGUAAUGAGUUCAUAUGCUACAAAUAGUCCUGUAAGAGUGGAAUGAAUAAAAAUGUGUAAUGAACUAAACAAACCCUUUAAAAAAUAAAACUUAAGAAAUGGUGAUACCAAGGAACUUCUUUCAUCUCUGUUAUAAAUUUCACUUAACUGACAGUACCUAUUUGAUUAAAAGAUUGUAAUCAAAAGUUAAUAUGGUGAAGUACUCAAAGUAAUAAAACUGAUGCUAAUGAAAACCUAUAAACAAAUUGCCUAACUUUGACAUACAUAUAAAAAGGCCUUAAUUUCAUAUAUUCAGACAUUACUAUCAACUGCUUCAAAUAAAGUAGAAAUAUGGCUAGUUCUGAAUAAUUGUCAUGGAGAAGCUUAAUCAAAUCACAAAAUAAUACAUUGAACUGAAAAUAUAAAAUUAAGUUAAAUAAUACCAACACUCAACAGAAUUAAAAUUAAAAUUUAG